CUGUGCAUAAGGGUCAAAGGAUUUUCCUCGAUGGGCCUUAGUUUCGAAGAAGAAAAUUUUGAAGUUCCACGCGCCGUAGAAUACUCGGCGAUGCAGGUUACGGUUAGGAACCUUGGCUAAUGACACCUAUCAUAGAUGUACCAGAAGGAAGCGCAGAAGCAAAAUAUGCACAGUGUCACACAUCUACAAGAAAUUGUGUCGAAAGGACCUUUGGACUUUUGAAAAAUGUAUGGAGAUGUCUUCUCAGUCAUCGUGUGCUACAUUACGAACCUAUUAUGGCGUCAAAUAUAAUUAUAGCUUGUGCCGUACUGCAUAAUAUAAGACUCCGUUAUAAUCUUAUGGAUGAAGAAUUCGACAUUGACGAAGAAGGUGAAGCUGCAGCCGUGCAAAGAGCUACACUUCAAGAGUAUGUUGAAGCACGUAAUCGUGUUAGAGCACAAGCACAAGAAAUUUUUGAUGCAGAUGAAGAGCAAUUAAAUCUCGAAAACAGAUUACUAGAAGCGAAGGGAGUACAAAAGAGAAUUCUUCGUACUCAGUUUGGUUUACGAAAUUAA